AUAUCUUUAGGAUCCAAGACUCGGGCCAUUGGGAAUGCAGCAAAGAGCCAGAUUGUCACAAAUGUAAAAAAUACAUUACAUGGCUUCAAAAAACUGCAUGGAAGAGCAUUUGAAGACCCUUACAUACAGGCUGAAAGGGCCAAACUUCCCUAUGAACUUCAGAAGAUGCCGAAUGGCUCUGUAGGAGUAAAGGUGAGAUACCUAGAUGAAGAGAGACUGUUUGCAAUCGAACAGAUUACAGGAAUGUUACUGGCCAAACUUAAAGAGACUUCAGAAAGCGCGUUGAAGAAACCAGUGGCAGACUGUGUGAUUUCAGUACCUAGUUUCUUCACUGAUGCUGAGAGAAGGUCUGUAAUGGCAGCUGCACAGGUCGCAGGAUUAAAUUGUCUGAAGCUGAUGAAUGAAACUACGGCAGUUGCACUGGCCUAUGGAAUAUACAAGCAAGAUCUGCCGGCCUUGGAAGAGAAGCCAAGAAAUGUGGUCUUUGUAGAUAUGGGGCAUUCUGCGUAUCAGGUUUCAAUCUGUGCUUUUAACAAGGGAAAACUGAAGGUCUUGGCUACUACCUUUGACCCUUUCAUAGGUGGUAGGAAUUUUGAUGAGGCUUUGGUAGACUACUUCUCUGAAGAAUUUAGGACAAAAUACAAACUGAAUGUAAAAGAGAAUCCCCGAGCACUAUUACGAUUGUAUCAGGAAUGUGAAAAACUAAAGAAGCUUAUGAGUGCAAAUGCUUCUGACCUUCCACUCAAUAUUGAGUGCUUCAUGAAUGACCUUGACGUCUCCAGUAAGAUGAACAGAGCUCAGUUUGAGCAGUUGUGUGCUGCCCUUCUGUCCAGAGUGGAACCUCCGCUAAGAGCAGCCAUGGAUCAAGCUAAACUUCAGCGUGAAGAUAUCUACAGUAUAGAAAUAGUAGGUGGGGCUACUAGAAUUCCAGCAGUGAAGGAACAGAUCUCUAGCUUUUUCUGUAAAGAGAUAAGCACCACGCUAAACGCCGAUGAAGCUGUUGCAAGAGGCUGUGCCUUGCAGUGUGCAAUUCUUUCCCCAGCGUUUAAAGUGCGUGAAUUUUCCAUCACAGAUGUUGUUCCUUAUUCAGUAACAUUAAGAUGGAAAUCCUCUUAUGAAGAAGGAACAGGGGAGUGUGAAGUCUUCAGUAAGAACCAUGCUGCUCCAUUUUCAAAAGUAAUUACUUUUCACAAGAAAGAGCCUUUUGACCUGGAAGCUUACUAUACCCAUCCCCAUGAAGUGCCUUAUCCUGAUGCCAGAAUAGGGCGUUUCACUAUUCAAAAUGUUGGGCCCCAGCAUGAUGGUGACAAUUCCAAAGUGAAGGUUAAAGUGCGAGUCAAUAUUCAUGGCCUUUUCAGCGUGGCGAAUGCUUCUAUAAUAGAGAAGCAGAACAUAGAGGGAGAUCACAGUGACACACCUAUGGACACUGAAUCAGCAAGUAAGAACCAAGGCAAAGAUGAUGAACUGCAAUUACCUUUCGUUGUUGAGGAUGACACCCUUGGCUCUGAGGAGGAGGAUAAAAUGCAGGUUGAUCAAGAUGAAGGUAUUCAGAAGAGCCAAGCUGAACAACAGAACCAAGCGGAUGAGGAAACUGAAAACGCAGGAACCGAAACAAAAGCUGCUUUUGGAGACAAGCAAGAUCACGCAGCCCAGCCAAAGGCUAAAGCGAAAGUCAAGAGUAUUGACCUACCCAUACAGGCAAGCCUCUACAGACAGCUGGGGCAAGACCUUAUCAAUUGCUAUAUAGAAAAUGAGGGGAAGAUGAUGAUGCAAGACAAGCUAGAGAAAGAAAGAAAUGAUGCGAAGAAUGCUGUUGAAGAGUAUGUGUACGACUUCAGAGACAAACUGUGUGGGGUCUUUGAGAAAUUCAUCACUGAAGAAGAUUCAAACAAGCUGACCUUGAUGUUGGAGGACACAGAAAAUUGGCUUUAUGAAGAUGGAGAGGACCAGCCAAAACAAGUAUACAUGGAUAAGCUUCAGGAAUUAAGAAAAUUUGGACAGCCUAUUCAGGAAAGAUACAUGGAACAUGAGGAGAGACCAAAAGUUUUAAAUGAGCUGGGAAAGAAGAUUCAGCUCCUUAUGAAAGCAGUAGAAGCAUACAAAAACAAGGAUGAAAAAUAUGAUCACCUAGAUCCUGCUGAGAUGGACAAAGUUGAAAAAUACAUUAGUGAGGCUAUGAAUUGGUUGAACAGCAAAAUGAAUGCCCAGAACAAACUAAGUCUAACUCAGGAUCCAGUUGUCAAAGUGGCAGAAAUACUGACAAAAUCUAAGGAAUUGGAUAGCUUCUGUAAUCCCAUCAUAUACAAGCCCAAACCGAAGAUAGAGCCUCCCAGUGAUGGGCAGUCAAAAGCUAAUGGUGAACCCAAUGGACCAGUGAACGGACAGAGCGGUACUGAAACAAAACCUGAACCAGCGAAGGACAAUUCUCAGCAGACCAAACCACCGGGAGAAAUGGAAGUGGACUAAAUCUUGCUUUUUUUUUUUUUUUAAUUUAAUUAAAAUAGUGCAAGUAACCACAGGGUCCAUUCUUUUUGUCUGGUACACACCUCAGAUGUUCAGUUAUUCUUAGCCAGCCUUCUGUCAUUCGUUGCUGAGUAGUUUUGAAAGUGUUUUAUAUUAAGUACACCUGAUGUUCAUUUCCACUGAUGCUGCUUAUGUGGAGCUUUAGCCAAAUGUAGAUUGUAUAAGUCAGUUUAAGCUUUCCCAAUAUAUUUUAUAUCAAACAUACAGAAUUGAUAUAUAAAUGGCAACAAUCUACCUUAUUUAAAGCUUUUAUUGUGGAUAAACCUCAGCUCCUUUAUUCAGGAAAGGAUACUGUAUUGCACUACUGAUGCUCAAAUGUAGAUCUAAUUGCAUCUUUAUUUUGGAAAAAUAUUGGAAUUGCAGUGGCAAAAUGUCACUUUGAAGCACUGACCUUUUCUAGUUAUUGUACUGUUAUAAUUUAAAUAUUAAAAUAGAGGUUAGUUGGCAUACUACUCCAUCUUGUUGGAUGUACCAUGAGAAUUGUAUAGUCUUUUUCAUAUAAACUGAACAAUACAAGCAUAAACAUAUUUUUAGAUUCCAAUACCACUAACAAUCUUAGUUACAAAAUGCUAGCAUAAUGGCUCUGCCAUGUGCUGAAAUUCAGUGAAUGGUCCCAGUGCACAUUGCUACACGUAACGUACUGUGCUUACGGUGAGACGAUGCUAAUGGUGAUAGUAGGAAGGGGCAGAAUAUACAAGGACUGUUGCGUAGCUUUCCCUUGAAAAUGUCUUAUUGCACGUUGCUGUUUCUGCUUCUUUUGUUUUGAAUGAAAUCUGCACCUUGACCACAUCUUAUGCUGGGGAGGAGAAACAACAGAACUUGGGCUGUGUGAGCUGGAUAUUAGCACCCUGAUUUUGAGGUUGCUUAAAUGCUGUUUGUUGCAAAAUUCGAAGAAAUACUGAGAGCUUAUUUAAGCUUUGGUACUGGGCACAUAAAUCCUGGUCAAGGAUCUAAACAAAAGAGCUUACAAACUGGAUAUUAUUACCCUAAAGACAGAAUGUACUUGAUGAACUUG